CUUCCUCUCUCGCUCUCUCACAGAGCGCAGUACUGUUCUCCACCUCAAUAUUACCAGCACAAAAUGCAGCUCAAAACCCUAGCUCGCCCUUCCCUCACUCCCAUCCAAAACCCCAAUCUUCAACGACGGCUCUCUCGCGCUUCAAUUUCCUUCAACACCCAACUCUCAUCUCGCCGCCUCAGCAACCCCAUCGCUCCGCCGAGCAUUCGCAUCUCUCCGGAGAAGAUUCGCCGCAGUAGGUUGGUAGCCGCCUGCGUUGGUGGCCAGAGCAAUGAACUCCUCGAAGAUGUCGAGCUCGAAGCUAUUGCCAGCGAGAGUGAUGGCAAUAGCAAUGGCAAUAUUGGCAAUGGCAGUGUCGUGGGAUCGAAGAGGGAGGAGUUGGAGACUCAGAGCAUAUGGAGCAAGAUGAAGGAGAUUAUGAUGUUCUCGGGGCCCGCCACGGGGCUCUGGAUCUGUGCACCCUUGAUGAGUCUCAUCUCCACGGCUGUGAUCGGUCGGGGAAGCUCAACCGAGCUUGCUGCUUUAGGUCCUGGAACGGUCUUUUGCGAUAAUAUGAAUCUUUUGUUCAUGUUCCUUUCAAUUGCCACUUCAAAUAUGGUCGCCACUGCGCUUGCCAAACGGGAUAAAAAUCAAGUGCAGCAUCAAAUAUCGAUCUUGCUCUUUGUUGGGCUGACUUGUGGGACUUUGAUGCUUCUGUUUACACAGUUCUUGGGUUCAUGGGCACUAACUGCUUUUGUUGGGCCAAAGAAUGUGCAUAUUGUGCCUGCAGCAAGCAAAUAUGUCCAGAUUCGAGGCUUGGCGUGGCCUGCAAUUCUUUUUGGGUUGGUUGCUCAAAGUGCAAGUCUUGGCAUGAAAGAUUCCGUGGGACCUCUGAAGGCUUUGGUGGUAGCCAGUGCUGUUAAUGGCUUGGGUCACGUAGUCCUGUGCAAUAUGUUACGUUUUGGUAUAACUGGCGCAGCAUGGUCAACAAUGGCAUCACAACUUAUUGCAGCUUAUAUGAUGAUUGAAGCUCUGGACAAGAAAGGAUUUAGCGCUUUUGCCAUCUCUAUUCCAUCACCCAGUGAAUUUCUGCAGAUAUUUGCGAUUGCUGCUCCAGUGUUUGUAACAAUGUUCUCAAAGGUGGCUUUCUAUUCUCUCAUGACAUAUUUUGCUACAGCUAUGGGCACAAAUACGGUUGCAGCUCAUCAGGUCAUGAUUCAAAUGUACGGUAUGUGUGUGGUAUGGGGUGAACCUCUCUCUCAAACUGCACAAUCAUUCAUGCCAGAGUUAUUAAACGGAGUUAACCGAAGUUUGGAGAAGGCUCGAAUGUUACUAAAGUCGCUGAUGAUUAUUGGAGCUAUACUUGGAUUAGCAAUAGGAACUAUCGGAACGUUUGUUCCUUGGUUGUUUCCCAAAAUUUUUACACAUGAUCCUAAUGUCAUACAAGAGAUGCACAAAGUGUUGAUUCUAUUCUUUUUUUCAUUAGCUGUGACACCUUGUACUCAUAGCCUUGAGGGGACAUUGCUGGCUGGACGGGAACUAAAAUUUAUUAGCUUAUCAAUGAGCGGAUGCUUUUCUUUGGGUGCUCUUCUACUGCUGCUUGUAAAAGGAUAUGGUUUGACAGGUUGUUGGGCUGCACUUGUGGGAUUUCAAUGGGCCCGGUUUUUCCUUGCACUCCGGCGCCUUCUUUCUCCAAAUGGCAUGCUGCACUCCGAUGAUAUGACCCCCUAUGAACUGGGGAAGCUCAAAGCUGCUUAGUUUUGGAAUCCGUAUCUUGAUACACGAGAAAGGAAAUUGAUGAAGUUGACAAGGAUGUUAAGCGCAAUAUUCUUGCUUGCAGACUGCAGUCUAUUAUCCAGAUGGGCAGAUCAUUUUGAGCUAGCUGCUAAGUGACAGGUUAUAUUCAUUCUUCGUUGUCUCUAUGAGGCUAAUAGCAUAAGGGGCUAGAUAAUCUCUAGUGUUUGUUUCCCCAAAGCAAAAGGUGAUAGAUAAUCUCUAGUAUUUGUUUUUCUUGUAAUUGUUUGUUACUCUAUUCAUUAGAAAGUUUCCCCAAACAGGGAACAUUUGAUGAUAAAUAAAUUCAUAGCAGUAUGCUGAUUGAGA